AUGGCCUACACACAAUCAAAAAAAGGAAAGGGAGUUGGUUACUUUAACCAUUUUCCAAAAAACUUUUUGAAGCCUUAUGGCCGCGUUGAGACAUAUCCGCCAGAACAGGUAGCCCUUACAAGCCUAAGGCCAGAAGGCUGCGAAUGGCUGAGGAGGCCCCACGUGGCAACUUCAGAGCUCUGUUCUACAGUAACAGAUAAUUUGGAAGUGUUACAGAAGCCAAGCCUCCUCUUAGACGACAGCAAGAAAAUGGACUUCACAAGGAACUUACAACCUGUGGCACAGCUGUUGGCUCCUUUUCACAAGGAAAGUCAAACUGUGCCAAAUGAUGUCAAAAGACGGAAUCUUCUACUGGCCCUUUUGAAUCCCGGGAAUACAUUAGGAGCGCAACUGGACGAAUGUGUUGAGCUUGUGCCACCGGAACCGCCAACCACGAUCAUUCACAAAACUAACAAAGAAGACAAACAAGAAGUGAAGCCCAAUUGUACCAAAAAAAGAAAAAGCCCUGUCAUCAUCGACAAUGAAGACAUACCCCAAGCAAAAACCAAUGGUGAAGGAAAGAAGAAGGAUAAAUGACUUUUAAAAUUUAUUUUUUUAUAGAAUUGCCAUUUGUUUUUUUUUCUGUUGAAACCGAAAUUUUAUUGAGUCCUUCUCUGCUUUGAGUAAAAUAUAUAAUUCGGGUUGGGAGGGUGGGCAGAACGGGAUGAAUUUUGUGGCAGGUGUUAUCCCUGUGGUAACUUUUCUGACACCCCUAGCUCUGGUGUUGGUUUUAAGUAUCUUGCAUAGUUUCAGAGAAAAUUGUAUUCAUACAAAGAUAAUUCAAGAUUUUUGGUUUCAAAUACAAAAUCAGAAAUUGAAGGGUUUACUUUGUACAGUUGAGAUUUUAAAAAAAAAUACGAAACUAAGAAACUAGGAAAAAUCAAAUAUAUCAAUUAGAAAGUGAACCACACCAGAAAAACAAGUUUUUUGGGACAUUUGAAAACAUUUUUGAGUUCUUUAAUGCCGCUGAAAGUUUGAACUUACAAAGUUUUUCAAGGAAAUAUAUUGAGCAGCAAAAUGAAAAUUAACAUUUCAAUUGUGAAUAAAACAUGAACCAAAUACUUUUUUCACAAUUGCUGACCAUAUUUGAACUUGCUGCACCUUAAAGAAUAAACUGUGAAAUCCAUCAUGUCAUACACACCAUUUCCGGCCUAUCAACACGCCCCAUUCUCAUUCUUUGUAAAGAUUUUUGUCCACAACAGCCGCUUUCCACUAGGAACAAUAAAACUGUCCAGGCUGAAAACAUAAUGUCCUGCAGCCAUUGCAUUUCUGAUCUUGUAUGCUUCACCUUGUCUCAGCAACAUAGAAUUCAAGAUGAUAUUCUGCUUGAUUUUCUACAUUAUAUUCACUAUGACGUGCCAACACAAGAUAUGAUAAAUAAACUAUGCAAAGAUCGCAUUCUUUCUGAUAGUGAUAUACUUCAGGAUAAUUUAUAUGAGAUAUUGAAACGAUUCCCACAUUCUUUUGUUCUUACAGUAACUCGGCGUUCAGCUUCUUUUGUUAACGAUGUUAUCGUCAGAAAUGCUUUUCAACAGCAUCCAUUAGCUCUGGUUGUUGCAGACGAUGAAUCCCUUAUUCCAAUACAUAAAGACAUGAAACUCAUGUUGACACGCAAUGUCAAUAAAUCCAUUGGUUUUGUAAACAGCCAAUUUGUUACUGUCAAGAGCAUUUCAAAUAAAACAAUAAUAGCCAUUCAUCCCAAUGGACACGUUAUCAAUGUGUUUCCCAUGACUAGUGUUAUUGAAGACAUACUGGUCACAAAAUACCCUUUCCUUCCAGGUUAUGCAACAACAAUUUCUAAAGUGCAGGGUCAGACAUUAUCAAAUGUUAUAUUGUGGCUAGAAACAAAAAGCACUCCUGAGGGGACAGCACAUGUUGCUCUCUCCAGAGUGCACUCUUUAAACGACCUCCAUUUGCUUGUCCCAUUGACACCUACACAUUUCACUUUAGUUGCACUUCAAGGACCAUUGCUUUUUAACUAAUAUUUUGUUUCUCACUUAUUUUAUGUCUAGAUAUAUUAUCGCUAUAUUAAGGCAAAGGUUAUAUUAUGGCUAGAUACAGAACGCACUCCUGUGGGUGCACUCUUUGAAUGACCUGCAUUUUCUUGUGCCACUAACACCUACACAUUUCACUCCAGUUCCAUUUUUAUGACCAUUGUUUUUCACUUAAUACUUCGUUUUUUACUUUUAGAUGGCAUUCAAAAAGAAGAAAAUAAUGAAAGGUGUUUGUUACUUCCACCAUUACCCGAAGAACUUCUCAAAGCCUUACGGACGGGCAGAGCCCUACCCUACUGAUACUGUGGCACUUUCUUGCUUAGGGCCAGAAGGCUGUAAGUGGCUUCGUCGGCCUCAUGUUGCCAUAUCAGAACUUGCUUCAACAAUAAACGACAACCUGCCAGUUUUGGAUGCAGAUCUUGCACUGCUAGAUGACAGGAAGCUUUCCUCGUUCAAACAAAACAUAGAAAAAUUGGCCAUACUGCUGCAGCAGUUCCACAAGGAUUCUUCAGUUAUUCCAACUGAUGGAGAACGAAGAGAUCUUCUUCUCAAAAUUUUGAAUCUGUCAGCAGAGCUGUCGUCUUAACUGAGUUCCUGUGUGGAAGUUGGUGCUGCCCUGUUUUCCGUUGGAAUAAAUUUUGAAGCUGCACAGACCCUUAUUAGUAACCCUGAAAAGUACGCUGAUUUAAUUUCAUUUGCCCCAAACCCUGAACCUCUUUUCAAAUCUUCCAAAAACUUAGAAUAGAAAAAAAGAAAAACAGGGAGCAGAAUUGGCAACACAUGUUCCCAGUUAGGCCUUUUAGAAAAUGUUCUUCCUUGUGAAGCUGAGGUUGUCCCUUAUUUACUACGCUGGUGUAAGACCAUGUCAUGGACAAAAUGUGAAUUUUGCAACAGCAUAAUGUCCCAAAAACACUGGCAAUAUGGGAGUGCCAAUUGGGCAAGAGGCAGAUGGUCAUUCAAGAGAAGGCAGAAGACAGGUCUAAGAGUGUGCUGAAUUCCUAAUCGAGACUUUUAAAUAGCUCAAUAAUAUACAUUUUAUUAUCGAUUUGAUUAUAAUCACACAACGAGUACCCUUAUCUUCCAACCUCUAAUUAAACUGUUUAAGGAACGAACUAUCGAGCAGCUACCAUUUUUAUUGAACCCUUCUGUCCCAUACGUAUCUAAGUAGCACCCGCUAUUAACUUUGACCAUAUAUUUUGAAUGUUUUUUGAAGGUUGCCUUCCAGAAACAAUUUCCCCAGCCUUCAUUUUCUUCAGCGACAGUUGGCCAAAAAAUUUGCACCUACUUUAGCUAUAAGGAAAAAUGGAAAUAGAAAGCAUAGCAUAAGAUUUUCAUUGAUAAAUUACCAUUUAUCUUCACAACAUUAUCAUUUUCAUUGGUAAAUAAACUUUAAAUCACAUAUAGCUGAAAUUAUUGUCGCUUUCUAAAUUUUUCAAAUGUAAGACAUUCUGCAAAGAAAUCUGCAAAAGUUGUUGAUGUAAUUUGAAAGGAAGUUUUAGUUCAGAAAUGCUGAAACUGCAAUUAGUGAACGUAGAUGAUUGCAUGAAGAUAUUCAAGUUAAUGGCAUCGAGUUGGGCCAACAUCAGGAGAAAAUGUCAAAUACUCUGUUUUGACUUAAGGUGGAUAAUACGGAGUUACUUAAACUUAUUGUACAAAGGCGUCACAUCAACAAACAGUUGUAGAAAAUGGCCUAAAUGACUUUUUAAUAAGACCCUGUCUUUAACUCAGCCGUAAAAAUUAAUCAAAACUUCUACACAAGGAAGUUCACUUUCAAUUCUACAUGAUAUUAUAUCAAUUGUCACUAUCUUAAGAGAAAUUUGAUAAACAAACCUCGCUGCUUGGUCUAUCUAAAAUUACUUCUAUCAAUGAACACAGAGGUCACAGGGCCCUAAGAGAGAGGUUAUAUAACAUUUUUGAUGCUUCUUUGUUUGAGUAUGCUUUGAUAAUUUUAACAUUCUAAAAAUUAUUAUGAAUGGUAGUAUCACCAAAUGCAACUUUCCUCGUUUUCCAAUUUAUAUUAUUGAUAAUAAUUCCAUCUUUCCAUGUAUUGCGCACAUCCGACUCUGCAAAAUCGUACAAAUAACUACAACUUACAAAUAUUGUCUUAACAUAUUUCCUUGGUUUUUAUAAAUGCUGUAUCAUGAUCCCUUUUGUGAUAAUGGUUUAUUAUUUUGUGAAACAAGGAUAGGAAACUUUUUCAACUAAAAUUUACCAAAUAGAUCUAUAAUGAGCAAAGAAAAUUGCCACAUUAUAUCCUCUACGGGAACCUUUACAAGAAAGGAUGGAAAAGAUUCAAUAACCAUCGAAAAGAUAAUAAUGAUCUAAUAGUGCAAAAGUAUAUUAAAUAUCACGGUUUCUAAUAUGUAAAAGGAAUAUAUAGCGACAAACUAUAGCAUACAUAAAUUAUUAUUUUUAUAUGAUAGCCUCUCUACCAUCUUGUUUAAUUUAUGACAAUUAUCAAUACAUCAAGAAA